AUUUUCUUGCUGCAUAAAUACCAAUCACACCGUUCGUUCUCAUUGCACCUUAAUUUAAUUUACCAAUGGCUUCAUCACAGCAGGUUAGUGUCUUUGGGAGCUCUCGUUCUGUUCUUGGCGUGAUGGACAUGCCCAAGAAACCAGAAAUGGGAAUACCAGAAAUAUAUAUUCGCCCACAAGAACCUACAAUUCGAUCAAAUGAAACCACUUUGCCAACCAUUCCCGUUUUUGACUUCAAAGCCUUGCUACAUGAAAAUGCUAUAGAUGAUGCUGAACUUGACAAGUUGUUUACAGCAUGCAAAGAUUGGGGUUUCUUUCAGGUGGUGAACCAUGGUGUUAGCUCUCAGCUGCUGGAGAAGCUGAAACUUGAGAUUGAGAAGUUCUUCAAGCUUCCCAUUGAAGAGAAAAAGAAGUACCAAAUAAGACCAGGAGAUGUUCAAGGCUAUGGAACUGUGAUAAGAUGUAAAGAUCAAAAGCUUGACUGGGGGGACAGAUUCUACAUGGUGAUCAACCCUCUUGAAAGAAGAAAGCCACAUCUUCUCCCUGAGCUCCCUGCAUCAUUGAGGGAUACCUUGGAGUCAUACUUCAGAGAAUUGAGGAAACUAGGUAUGGAACUUCUGGGGUUAUUGGGAAGAGCCAUAAGCAUGGAGAUUAAGGAAGUGAUGGAGAUUUUUGAUGAUGGCAUGCAGUCAGUGAGAAUGACAUACUAUCCACCAUGUCCAAAGCCAGAGCUUGUUGUAGGGCUCACCCCGCACUCUGAUGCCUCGGGCAUAACCAUCCUUCACCAGGUCAAUGGUGUGGAGGGUCUUGAGAUAAAGAAAGGUGGGGUUUGGAUUCCUGUGACCUUUCUUCCUGAUGCUUUUGUAGUUAACGUUGGGGACAUCAUGGAGAUUCUUAGUAAUGGGGCCUAUACCAGCAUAGAGCAUAGGGCUGCAGUGAACAAAGAGAAGGAGAGAAUUUCUAUUGCUAUGUUCUUCAACCCCAAAUUUGAGGCAGAGAUUGGGCCAGUGAAGAGUUUUAUAAAUUCUGAGAACCCACCCUUGUUCAAAAGCAUGUUGAUGGAAGAUUACUUCAAAGACUUUUUCUCACGCAAUCUUAAUGGGAAGUCACACUUGGAGAAAAUGAGGGUUACAAGUUUUGACUUGAUAAAAGAUUAAAGUUAACUAUCUGAUGGGUCAGUAUCCUUUAAUUUUGUCAGCAUGUUGUUGUAUAUAGUUUAUCGAUCAGAAACUCUAAUACUGGACCUUAAUUUCUAUAGUAAAAGUUGAUAUGGAUAUGUACUUAUGUAACCGAUAUUUUACUCACUAUAUUAAAAAAGAUCUUUUAUUCUAAA